CUCUCCUCACCAGUAUCAUCUCGAGCUGGGCUGUGUCCUCGGACUGUGAAGGGUAACAAUUUUGAGCGAUCUCUCUUCAGGCUUCGGUGCCAGCUCGUCUAGGCCUUUAAUGAUGUUUGGUUCUGGUGGUGGGACUGGAGUGAGUGUGUGAUUCAGUGAACCUGGUAACUCUAUUGUUGCCGCAGUUCUAGGAAUUGAACAAAACCGCCGCUUCUCCUCCCUCACUAACUCGGGGGGAGUCAAGGUUCACCCUCUCGUUCGCACCCUCAGUUGAUCGGUCGUCGAACCAUGGAAGAACCCCAGCCCGCUCAAGCUGCUUCAACCUUUGAUCAGCCUCCGUCUUCGCCUUCGAACGGCAUGGGAAAUUGCUAUGUAUUCAAAAGCCGGUUGCAAGAGUAUGCUCAAAAAAUUGGCAUCUCUACUCCCGUAUAUGAUACUAUCAAGGAAGGUCCUUCCCAUCAGCCUGUUUUCAAGUCCACUGUGACCGUUAAUGAUCUCAAAUAUGAAUCUUUACCUGGGUUUUUCAAUCGAAAAGCAGCAGAGCAGUCAGCUGCUGAAGUUGCACUUAUUGAAAUACACAAGUCUGGCCAAAUGACAGAAAGCAUCCCUACAGUUCAUGAAAGCGGCCUGUGCAAAAAUCUACUUCAAGAGUAUGCUCAAAAGAUGAAUUAUGCAAUCCCAUCCUACAAAUGCAACCGACAGGAAGAGAAAGCACAACCAUUCAUCUGUACUGUUGAGAUCGGGGGCAUCCGAUACAUUGGUGCUUCGGCCAGAACGAAGAAAGAAGCAGAGAUCAAAGCAGCGAGAACUGCCCUUUUAGCCAUCAGAGAUAAUUCUGCAAAGGGUGAAAAUGGUGCUUCUCAAUUCACUGUUCUCCCUUUCAAAAAGAAGGGUAAGGAACAAGAACCACGGCCCCAAACAGCGGACCAGCUCAAACCGAAGAAAGCCCAUAUGAAGAAGAAAUGGCCAAAGCGCAAAUUUCCAAGAAACAAAGGCGACAAAUCAGCAAAACCCGAGAAUGAUGUGCCCCAUAAUCCUGUCGAUAAGAUGGAGGAAGUUUCAAUGAUUUCCAAUGGAGAUGAUGAGAAUGAGCGAGGAAAUGUUGGAAUGAACAAUAAGCCCCAAACCCAAGCUGACGAAUCGAUAGCAUCAGCCAUUGAUACAAAUGGAAGUUGCAAAGAUGAGAAACAAUAUGAAUCAGCAGAAAUAAAACCCGAAAGAUUUGAGGAACCUCAAGAAGGGGAAAUUAUGGAUUCAUUAUCCAUGCAGGAGGUGAAGGCUGAUGCAGGAGUGCUAUAGGUGAAGAGCAGUUCACAUUCAUCAUGAAGAAGGUAUGAUCUCUAAGAGUUGGCAUUUGGUCCUCAUUUUUGGUAUAUUUACUUAAAUUCUAUUUGGGUUAUAGAAACUUGUGGUGUCAAAAGAAAUAACAUUUUCUUGGGACUUACUGCUAUGAGCUCAAAUUUGUACUAGCUAUUUAGUUAGAUGCUAGGGUAUAUUUAUUUGUAAUUGCUCUUAAUUUAUAUAUGUACAUUGUUCAAGGAUAUUAAAUUUACAGCUGACUGCGAUUUGAAUUUGUAACUCUAUUAUUGA